GCAAAAACUAAUUUAAAGAUUUCUAAGAUGUCAGAUCUCACUAUCUACCAUCACCCAAUUUCUCCAUUUGCAGCCACAGUAGUGGCGGUUGCAAACCAUUUCAACAUCGAGCACACAGAAUAUAGGAUUGAUUUAGCAAUGGGAGUUCAGAAGGAAGAGUGGUUCUUAAGAAUAAACCCUGCUGGGAAAAUACCGGCCAUCAAGGAUGGUGACCACUGCAUGGGUGACUCGAUAGAGAUCUGUAAAUACCUGGUUGAGAGCAGAGAGAUCGACACAGCCUUCUUUCCAUAUAAAGAUGAGCAAAAAGUCCAAGAAAUUGAUGAUCUCAAGGAGAAAAUUAAAAACCUUGAACCAGCAACUCUCGAAAUCGCCAAAGCUUUCUGGGUGGAGCCAUGGAUGACCGGUUCGCCCUUCCCAGCCGGUGAGGUUGGCGAUAGGAUCAAACAGGAUAUUUAUGAUGUGCAUGAUAUCAUGGAAGCUCACCUUGUAGACAAUGGAACUAAGUUUCUUCACGAUGACAAGGAAGCAGGUAUCAUUGACUUCUGGGCCUUCAACCUUAUCUUCUCAUUAGUAGACAAGAACUUCGUAGAGUUUGAUAGGUGGCCAAAGCUGCAGAAAUGGUUUGAUGACUGAGCUCAGAUCCAAGCCCUUGACAAUAUUAGAACAAGAUCAUGGAGGUGGUUCAAGUUUUUUGACAUUCUAUUCAAAACGGUAUAUCCAACUAUCAGGUGCUUAUCCUGCAGAACUCUUGGAGUUACCUUACCAGGACAAUAA